AAAAGCAAAACGUCAAGCAGCAGUACAAGUGAAACAUAAAAGUUUUAUCAAAGUUCGAAAAACACACAUGCCGAAUGCAUAUGAAACCAUACGAAUUUUGCGCUUGCACGAGCCUGCUCGUGUGGGCAGUGGAGCAUUCCUCAACUUUCUUCGGGAAUUCCGUUCAAAGAAUACCCUGCUUGAUCUGAAGACAUCCAUUCGUCGGGGUACAAACAUCUGGCAAACGAUGAAUAAUACCGAAAGAAGCAAGUAUGACUAUACAAUGCCAAGCAAAAGCCGAGAAGCCACUGCUCCCCAGGAUAAUGCCGACAUGUGCUGUAACAAGAAAAUGAAGAGAAAGUCCCCUUGUCCCAUGAAAAGGCCAUCUUGUCCCAAGAAACGUAAGCCACGUGGCUGCCCACGUAAGCCUGCUUGCCCCAUGAGAAAGAAGCGUGCAUGCGCCAAGAAACGUAAACCAGCUUGCCCCAAGAAGCGUAAACCAGCUUGUCGCAGGAAGCGCGAGGCCUGUCGCCCCAAGCGUAGAAACCCAUGCGCCAAAAGCGUGUCAAGUGCAGCAAACCUGGUCCCGUUAUGAAUAAUGGGUAUCUGAAUUUCGUUCGAUCGUUCCGCAAGAAGCAUUGUGGUCUAAAGCCACAGGAAUUGAUCAAAAUGGCCGCGCGUGCCUGGUGCAGUUUAUCGGAAGAUAGAAGAAUCGUUAUCGUCGCAUGGCAAGAAACAAACCUAAUAACCUAUUUGAAAGCAUUUAAUUAGAACUUCUUUUUUUGCAGGCCUGCAAGGUAACGAAGAGCUGUCGCAUAAGCAUCGCCGUGUUUGCACUGGGAAGUAAGAUGUCCAAAGUUAUGCGGAGCUGUAUU